CCUAGCCAUAGACAUAACCAAUAACCAUGAAUAUUCACUCUGCUUCAGCUUUCACUUUCCUUUGCUUCUUAACCAUCAUUUUCCCACUUUCUUCUUCAAAUGUUCAAUCUCAAGAUCUUACCUUCAAAUACUGUGAUAAGAAUGCAAAGUAUAGUAUGAAAGUGAGUGCAGUGAAAGCAUCAUCCAACCCUGUGGUGAGAGGGGUUCCCUUCACCAUUAACACCACAUUUCAUUCUGAUGAGGCAAUUACUGGUGGAAAAGCACAAUACAGACUUAAAAGUGAUGAAGUAGAUGCUGUGUAUACAUAUGCAAGCAAUGUCUGUGAGGAAAAGCAAUGUCCUGUUUCUGCUGGAAAGCAUGGUCUCAUUCUAGACAUGAGGUUUCCUGCAGUUGCUCCAAAGGGAACAUAUCAUAUGAACAUGACAUUUGUGGACCAGAAUGGAAAGAAGUUAACCUGCAUUAUCUCUCCCUUCAAAGUUGAUGAUGCAACUACCAAAUGAAGUGCCAUGCAUGGAGUUUCCUUAACUAUUUUAAAAAUAAAAUUUCUAAGGACAUAUGACUUUAUGAGAGUCAUAUCUAUGUUCUAUAAAAUGAGUGUUUCUAUUGGUAUGCAUAAUAACAAUUAAACUAUUUUUCUGCUUUCUUUUUCUUUUUCUAUUUGCCCUGUCUUAAU